AUGGAGAUGCUUUCAAUUAGCAAUAUAUUAGCCUUCAUAGGCUUUGCCUUUGGACUAUUAUGUCUACGAUUCCUUCACCAAAGACUCACCAAUCCACUCACUCAAAUUCCAGGCCCAGAAUACUCCAAAUGGACAGAUCUCGUCUACAAAUACUACUGGUUCAGCGGGAAAGUCCCACAUUAUGUCCACCAUCUUCAUGAAAAAUAUGGCCCUAUUGUCCGAACAAGCACAACUCAAGUCGACAUCUGCGACAUUGAAGCAGCACGAGAGAUCCACAAGACCAACAGCCGCUACAUGAAAUCGAGUUUCUACGACAACUUGGUGGCUAAGAAUUUUCGAACCCUGUUCACAACUACCGAUCUAAAGUUUCAUUCCAAUCGGCGACGUCUUUUGGCUACUCCCAUCUCCGACUCUUCUCUCAGCAAACAUGAGCCUCUAAUAUCAAGCCGAGUUCACCUGGCCGUGGACAAAAUUGCACAAGAAAUGCAAAACCAAGGGUUCGCCGACGUAUUCAAAUGGUGGCUAUUCAUGGCAACCGACGUAAUCGACGAACUAACAUUUGGAGAGUCCUUCCACAUGCUCGAGAAUGGAGAGAAAAACCAAUACACCAAAGAUCUCGAAAUUCUAUCAAGCCUCCAACCAAUUCGAACCACAUUUCCAAACAUGGUCCAUCUUGCCCGAAGCCUCCCAUUACCUAUUUUCAACCACGCCGCCAAAGUCGCCAACAGAAUGAACAACUACGCCCUCCAAUCACUCCAACGCUACACAAAACACCUCGAGCAAAACCCCACCCACCCAAAACAAACCCUCUUCACAAAACUCUUCGACGAGAAAAACGGUCUCUCACUACAUGACAUCCUACCCGAAGCCCAAGGAUACAUCGUAGCCGGAAGCGAUACCACAGCCGUUACACUGACAUACCUCAUAUACUCCGUCUGCAGCGACAACCGCAUACGAGAAAAACUAGUUGCAGAGCUCAACACUCUCCCCAAUCCAAUGUCAAUCUCCGACAAAGAUCUUCGCAACUUGCCCUAUCUAAACCAAGUCAUCAACGAGACCCUCCGGCUACACACUGCCGUUCCUGUCGGAUUACCCCGGUCAGUCCCUGCAGGUGGCGCCAUACUUAAAGGGAUGUAUCUUGUCGGCGGAACUACGGUGUCAACGCAGUCGUAUAGUCUGCACCGGGACGCGGGGAUCUUUCCCAAUCCUGAUCUCUUUAAUCCCGAGAGGUGGGAGGAUCCGAGCAAUGAUAUGAAAGAUGCUUCGAUUCCGUUUGGAGGAGGAUCGCGCGUUUGUAUUGGAAUCCAUCUAGCGCGCAUGGAGCUUCGAUUGGCAACCGCAUUGUUUUUUCGAAGGUUUCCUCGGGCUCGGAUCUCUUCCAGGGAGGGGAUGUCGGGUGAUGAUAUGACUAUGAAGGCUUUCUUCCUGAUGGCUCCUCAAGGGCAUAGGUGUCUGGUAGAGGCAUAA